AUGACUCCUAGAGUAUUCCUAGUUAUCCUGUGCCUGGGAGUGGCCUCAGCUGCUGUAAUCCCUAACCCCAGUUUGGAUGCUGAAUUACAAGAGCAGAAGGAUAAAGAAGAACUCAAAAGAAUAGUGUGGGACGAGUUUAUUGUCAAACUGCACAAUAGUGAAAACGACCAGGACAAUGACUACGACAUAGAAAUGAGUGCCUCGGGUCAGAUGACUGACGAAGAAUACAUGAAAAUAAUGACUAACAUUUUACACCCGAUGUUUGGAGAGGAGCAAACGCAGCCAGGUGGUGAUGUCCUGGACUUGAGGAUUUGGCAGAGUGGCGAUGAGAUUCCUGUACAGGAUCAGCCAGAGUAACAUGAACAGCAUAAUAAAGUUAGGCAAAGAGUGAAAUAGCCACUGUGCCAUUGUCUAAGAGAUGUCUGUCCCAACAUGUGAACUGCCUGAUGGUGAAAAAGAAGAUCUGAACUUCAGGAAGGAGAAGCAAAAACAGCAGGGGCCUCGAAACUCAGUAGCCAGCCCCCGGCUUGUGGGAUCCUACACUCAAGUCCCUUAAGAUCCAUACUGUAAUAUGAACUC